AUGAUCCCUUCCCUCAUCAAGCACUUCAUCGGGUACAGGCUCAAGCGGAUUACACCCCUGGAUGACCUGUCCACCGUUUUCUACCUCCUAUUCAAAAAGGUAAUUGCAUGGGAAAAUGAUCACUCAGCCAUCACCGAUCAUGUCUAUGCCCACGCGGCAGCCAUAUAUGAUCACGCGCGUGAGGAGAGGCGGACUGGCUCAGGACUCGUCAGGUACAGACAGAAGAGAGAGACUCCUCCCUGCACACCACCAGACACCUCGCCCAAGGAACAACGCCAGGCAUACCAGCUUGCGCUUAAUACUUUAAAGUACAGAGGACUUCUGGAGCAUGUCAUAACUGACAGCUGCAUAUGUCGAGCCCAGACCCUGCCAGAUGAUCUCAUGGGUCUGGUCAUGGUCAUGCUGUUUGAUCUAGUAGAACGAAAGUUUCUUCCCCGAGAGACAGUCAGAGGAGAUGAGAGAGGACCUGUGCAGGAUGUCAAGCAAGUGGAAGCUUCUCUUCUCAGAUUUAAGACGAAGCUGGCUGCCUCUCUGGCCCGCCUCAGGAUUAAACAAAACCUCCUGAGCAUAUCUGAUACCCUGCCUGAGACGGUGAAAACCAAAGAAGAACGAGCACGCACACUUCUAGUCCAUGCAUGGGUUAACACACUCAAAAGCAGUGUAGAAGAUGUGUGUGAGAAACUUCAAGCUCAGGGGUUUUUGUGGGCCAGCUCCCAGACCUGUGGCACAGGUGCGGAGGGUUUCUGGAGGGACUCCCACUGCUCUGAUAUGCUCAUCUUCCCUUCACACACCAAAAGCCAACUCAUGAAUUCUCCGCUUAGCAGAGACUAUGUUCUCAAUAUACAGGAUAAGUCUCGCUGCCUGGCAGUAUCUGCCGUGUGUCCCAUGUUGGUGGAGGAUAGUGAGGUGUUGAUGGUGGGGUCCUUCUCGGCACUGACCGUGGCUCAUAUGGGCGUCUUGGCCAGUGGGCGCUCAGCCAGAGUUUUGGUAUGUGGGCUACCCACCGCCAGCAGUCGAACCAAAGAACUGGAGAGGACCAUGUCCAAUGUAGGAUGUAAAAAUGUGACGCUGCUGAGUGAGAGCUUCCUGGAGUUGGAUGAGUGGGACAUGCGGAUGCAGAGGGUGAGAGUGGUGUUGCUGCUGCCUCAGUGUUCCACAUCAGCACUUAGCAACCCCUUGGAGCACAUUCUCAAUGAGGAUGGAGAUAGAGGUCUGCUACAUGGUCUAUCUCAGGGGACAGUGGAACACAGCAAGCUGGAAGCAUUAGCAAGCAAACAGAAACAGUACCUCAGUCAUGCACUCAGCUUUCCCAAGGUGCAUGCAGUGGUGUACUGCACAUGCUCCGAGAAGAGCGAAGAGAAUGAAGAACUUGUGCAGUGUGUGCUAGAGAAGAAAGUAGCCCACCCAAAACUCAUACCUUUCAGGCUGGUCUCUCCAGGACUCGGGUGCACAUCAGACCUUACCUUCCUUAGGCUGGAGCCAUCUCAGCUCACUAAUGGAUGUUUCUUAUGCGUCUUUGCUAGAGAGCCGGACCCCUCUAAGGUAGAGUCUGUACAGGAUGUUUUGGCUCGAGCUGCUGCCAAAGGAUUACUUCAAGGUUUCAUUGCACCUCUGCCCAUCCAAAAGGAAAAGCAUCGUCAUCGUAAGAAAGCUCCUCCCAUGUCCCCAAUACCAGUGCUCCCAGAGCUUACUGAUUCUUCCAUAGAUGUGUAUACAAAGUCUCCCUCUCCCCCUUCCCCCUGCCCCGACUCUGACACCCUGAGUCCCAAUGACAGUGACGAAGAAGCUGUGGUGUUGUCAAGCACUAAACUGCAGAGAAAACAAAAACACUCUAAAGCAAAGCGUUCCCGCAACAAGCACAAAAAGCUCACGCGGAAAAACGCCAACGGUCCCGCCCAGUCUAGAUCAUCUCGACUUCAUAAAGGAGACUCGUCAAAGCAAGGAGCACCAAAGUCCAAACAAGAAGUGGCCCUGUCUGAUAAAGACCUGGUUAAUUCUCAACAGGAAGUGACAUCAGAUGAAGACGUUCUUACAUAUUUUAAGGACCAAACUGCAUCCAGACAGGACUCUCUAGACAUGACAGAGGGUUUGCUGAGGUCAAAUGAGCCCCCUGCCUCCACACACCACACAUUCAACUCCAGACCAGUCAUUUCAAAAGGAAAUAAACUAGUCUCCUCCAAACACCAUGUCAAGAAGUCAAGAGGAGCAAUCUCACAAGGCAGUCAGGAAGAGCAGGGGACAAAUCAGGACAGUUUGACAACUGCGAGAGAAAGAGUCGCGUCUAAGGUUGAUGUGAUGAGAGCUAGACCUGAAAUGGGUAAGGUACAAGGGAAAGAGGGCAGGUUUAAUACAGCCAAUCCUAGACAAGAGGGUUUAAGAUCUGUAGAGCUAGUGCUACCACCUCUGGCUCUGAGCCACACUCGCUUCUCCCCUUCACUCAAUCGCCUCAUGUCAUCCUCCUCUCCUUUGUCCAAUACUAGCUCCUCACUUUCCAGUCGGGCCAACUCCGCCCACUGGCAUGUGUAGCGUCUCACUUUAUCGAUUCAUUUCGUAGCUUUGCUUUCACAUAGUGGUGAGGCACAUCUGUGUGGAGGACACUACUAUUUGUUUUUAGGCUCUCUACAAAUAACUUGUUUUUUUAAAGAUAAUCCUCAAGGUGCACUCUGUAAAAUGUGGCCAGAAUGGGUACUGCAACUAUACUACUCAUUGAAACGGUGCUGCCUAUUACCAAAUUUGAUCUUUUCGUGAAUUGUACUAAAUAAUAAACCAAUAUUUAAUAGUACCAAAGUACAGUAAGUUUUGCAGCUAAAAAUGUCUUUCUGGAAAUUCAAAAUGGCGGACCAUGGAGAAGAUCUCCCUUGUCAUGUAUGAUGCGUGCAAUUUUCCCAGUCGUAAUGAAUACUUAGAAUUUGGUGGUGGUGGUAAGUAUUCAUGAAAAAGGUAACAUUUGUGAAUGGGCAGCAUGAAUUCUGAAAAUAAACUACAAAGAAUAUUACACAGUGCACCUUU